AUGGACCGCUUUGGCGUGCGCAACGUGUACUACUUGCGCGUAUCCGCCACGACCAUCAUCUCCAUGGUAUUGUACCUCGAUCAAAGGCAUGUCAAGUGGAUCAAUCGACAUCCUGAGCUCCUCCAGCAGGUCGUAGAGCAUGACUUGAAGCCACAGUACGUCGACAUACGCCCUGACACCAGUCUGCCAAGCCUUCUCUACAAAGAACAGGCUCAUACGAAAGGACAGAUCCAUGUGCAAACGCAUGCCAUUGGAACGGUCGCCGACCGUGCUGCGCAAAGUACGCUCGACCCCUGCUCACCACAGUCACGCACACUUCACUUUCCACGCGGCCCGACCUCGGUGGAUAUUCCACUGACGACCUCUGACAAAAUCGAUGCCAAUGCGCCGCUACCACCCAAGCCAUCACAAUCGCGCACCACAGUCAAACAGGAAUCAGACGACGUAGAAGAGCAUGUCAUCCCCGAAAGUGAUAAUGAAGAUAUACCCACGUCAUCGCAGCCCUAUACCCUAGAUGAAGAGCCGGAAGAUACAAGAAAACCAUAUGUAAUAGCAUCUUACUCGAGUUUCAAGGUUUUCAUCAAAGAGCUUGUGGUAGUCGUGGAGCCUAGCGCCGAGGUACUAGCCGCGAUGCCGGACCUGUUUGAGGUGGAAGAUGAUGAUUCGUCGAAGAAAGAGCAACGACAACUGUUCAGUGCAGCUCGACGACCCUUUGAGACAGGCGUGGCCCAUGCGCAGUUUGGCCGUGCGUCGCAUCGUCCACCACCCGCAUCGUCUCGACGUGCUGAUACACCACUGUUUCGUGGUAUGACGGAAGAGCCGGAGUAG